UUGAUCAGUUAUCGUCUCAAAAAAGAAAUAAACUUUUCUUUGCCUUUAUUUAACUGAAAUAAAAAACAAUCUGAGGCGAUUUUUUUUCUCGACCAGAGAAGAUGAGAAAUAUCAUCUUCUGUGCGUGGCUCGCUAUAGCACUGUUCGCAGUGUGUAGUGAUGCCUCUUCGGGUGGUAACUCCUCAGCCUCCGAUCCCGCAGCUAGUGAUUCCCACUACUGUCUGUUCAUCCAGCUGGCAUGCAAUUCGACAGAUAAGAUUGCCGUACUGCAGCAAGAUGGAUACAGCUUGGUGCAGAGCAAGACUGACAACAUCACUUGCUUCUUAGAAAAGCCCACAACUGAAGGUCUUCUAUCUGGAGACAACGUUCAAUGCUGUGAAGGAUACGUGGGUGCAGACUGCUCAUUAACCGAGGACAGUAUGUCAGCAUCUGGAACGUACGUGAAGGAAAAUUUCAUGAAGAAAUUGGAUCAACUCACGGACGAAUGUGGGACAAAUGGCAUGCAGCCAGUGGACCCGAAUAGAGUAAUGGCCACGUGUAUUGCAAUGGGCAGCCACGCAAUCCGUACCUUCGACAACCACUACUACUACUUCAUGCCCAACUGUCGCUACUAUCUCACCAAGGCCAAGGACGACAGCUUCCACGUCCUCCUAGACUACCUGAGCUGCAAGAACGGAACUGACACUCAAUGCAAGAAAAAGACAGUGGACGUGAAAUGGUCAGUUGGUGACUUCAUAUACAGGGUGUUCGUGUCAGAGGACCUGCAGUUGACUCUGUACAAGGUGGCUUUCGGUUCGGAUGUUCUGAAUGCAGACCCAAUCUUGACUUGGGAUCUGGUAUCUUCUUCCUCCAACAGCAGCACCAGUGACGCUUGGUCAGACAACCACAAAGUGUCAAUUGAAAAGGAGCAGGACUAUGUAUACAUUGAGAGCCGCGCGGUAGGUUUCGCAGUGAAGCUGUACGGGACUGAUUCUGUCUAUGUAACUCUGAGUGACUAUUGGGAGUCGGACGAUGACGAGACUACAUACAGUACCAAAGUCAGUGGUCUUUGCAGCAACUACAACGGCGACAACCAGGACGAUGUUGUCGACUCGUCUGGAUCGACUAUUCCCAUGAACUCGUUCAUCUUGCAGAGUGAAAAACGCGGCGAAGGACAAACUUGUUCUGCGCCCGAGGCUACACUGCACACGUGUGUAAACAAGCCAGAUCUCUGGGAGGAGGCACUGUCUUUCUGCGGAAGAAUGAAGGACAACGCAACUUUUGGAGAAUGCGCCGGUGGAAGCGAAAAGCUGUGUGUGCCAUCAUUCAUCCUGGCCUGUACAUGGGAAUACUGCCUCUAUGGUGACAAUGAGGUUGAGAUCCGAAACAAGGCAGUCUGCACCACUUUCGACGCUUUCGUCCAGUCCUGUGCCGAUGAGCAACUCAGCAUCGGAGAGGUAGACUGGCACGACUCCAAAAUAUGCCCCAAAUACGAGUGCACUAGCAAGAAUAAAGUGUACAAGCCCCAAGGUAGCAUCUGCCAGCCUGCCUGUGGAACGCCCAAACCAGGAAUGAACAACGACUACUGCAAAAAGCAGAUUGCGGGAUGUUUCUGUCCCGCUUCGAUGUUGAUUGACUCCAAGAGUCCCCAGCUGGACUGUGUGAUGCCUGAUGAUUGCAAAUGCUACCACAACGACGUUGCCUACAAGAAAGGAGACGUGAUUCAAGUCAGCUGCUCCUCAUGCACUUGUGGGUCGGGCGGUAUGUGGGAUUGCGUGGCUCACAGUUGCAACCACCAGAUGGAGAUUAUCGGCAUGCACUUCCGAACAUUCGACCACACCUGGUACACCUUCUGCGGGACAGGUGAAUAUAUCCUAGUAGAGGAAAUGAAAGAUCUGAGCUUCAAGAUCUACAUCGACCAUCCCAAUGCACCCAAAGAUGCCUCGACUGGGUUGAGGAAAAUGGUACCGACUGGUAUACCGAUUUCGAUCAGGAUGGAACUGAUGGACGGAGAGAGUUCAAUCUGGAGUGUGGAAUUGUGGAAGGAUACAGUAAAAUGUAAUGGAGCUUCUAUCAACAAGUUCCCUUACAACAAGGUGCUGAAGGUUGGUCUGUUCACGGAGGCCAGUGUGAUGAGUCUGGGCAUGAGUUACUACCUGGUUCAAGUGGACACCUACUCCAUGGGCACGAUCUCAAUCCUCUACGACAGAGGAUCCAUCGCAAUCAUCACUCUCACUCCCUCAUUCCUCGACAUGCUGAAAGGUAUGGGUGGCUAUUACAACAACCUUAACAAGGACGACUUUAGAAAACUCGACAAUGUGGUUGUCACUUCUGUCUCCGAGUUUGCCCUCUCGUACGAAGUAAGCGACAAUUCCGUCAUGGUCACCGAUGACAUGCAUCGGGAGCUAGAUGACGCGUGUAGUAGUCUCGACCCCAAGUUGUAUGCAGCUCACUGUGAGGUGCUUCGUGACGAGUCGUACUUCGGGGCCUGUUAUGAGUACGUGGAGAUCUCCAAGUUUGUUGACAUGUGUCGAUUCGAUGCCUGCCACGCGUACCUCGAUUCCACUUUGAAAAACGAUAUAUCACAGUGCCAGGUUAUCGAGGCAUACGUGGUCAUGUGUCUGGAAAUCUCAGGCGCCAACAGCCAGGCAUCCAACGCUUCCAUCAUCGGAGACUGGCGAUCGGAUGCUCUGCUGGGCGGAUUUUGCGGUCGCUCUUGUUGCAAUGGAUUGGUCUACCAGGAAUGCAGCAACCCUUGCAUCAUGCAAUCAUGUUCCGGUGUCACCUUCUGGGGUGGCGUAUCUCGUCUACCCGACUGCUCAAUGCCAUGUGUGGGAGGAUGCGUGUGUCCAGGAGCUAACGAAGUAGUGGCGCAGGACGAUCCAGUCACUUGUGUGUCGUAUGAGAAUUGUCCGUGCGAGUACAAGAACCACAUGUACAACAGUGGAGAACAGCUGGAACAAGGAUGCGCCAUGUGCAACUGUUCGGCUGGUGUGUGGAGCUGCUCGUAUGAAAAAUGUCUGGAAGAGCUUUGUGACCUGGACCACGGAUUCGUGCUGUCACUCGACUACAACAAGUGUCCGCAGACAUGCCAGAACGAGGUGAAAAAAAGGGCUUUGGGCGAGUCUGUUACGUGCAAAGCUGAGGACAUCGUCGAGAUGGGCUGUGUGUGCCAGGAAGGAUACUAUCGGAUGGGAGACCACUGCUACCAGUUCGAGGCCUGUCCCUGCGAACAUGACGGAAUCCCAUACAACUCCAAUGAAACCUUCAGUAACGGAUGCCAGACUUGCACAUGUUAUGCUGGUCAAUGGGAAUGUUCUAAUGAGGAGUGUGACUCCAUCUGCUCGUCUUACGGGGACCCCCACUUCACUACAUUCGAUGGCACGAGUUACACUUUCCAAGGCGAUUGCAUCUACUACCUAGUGAAGGAGAAAAAACAGAACUUCGACAGCGAAGUCGACUUCUCAAUUCAGUAUGAGAACGUUGGUUGUGGCAAGGGUGGAGUGACUUGUGCUAAAGAUGUGUUAAUCACCAUCUCCAACGUGACAAUUAAGCUGAUCAGAGGAAGAGAAGUGACCUAUAACUCACACGAUCUCCAGCUUCCAUUCAUGACUGAGAGCAUCCAGAUUAUGCAGCAGGGACUCUUCACUGUCGUCAUGGUCAAGACAGACGAGGUGGAGUUCACACUGGAAUGGGACGGAAAAACGAGGAUCUACAUCAAAAUGCCACAAAUCAUGCAAAACCGUUUCGAAGGACUGUGUGGUAACUUCAACGGGGACUCGACUGACGACUUCACGGGAGCCGACGGACUCAGAACCGACAACUACAUCACAUUCGCUAAGUCUUUCGGAGCAUCAAGCCAAUGCAGGAACUUGGAUAUCGCUGUGCCUUCUGAAAAUCCCUGCGAGGUGGACGGCGGAAUUCGUGAAACGUGGGCAAAGUCUCAGUGCAGCUUCUUCCGAGAGGACGCCUUCCUCCCUUGCGUGGCACUGCUUGGAAGGGAACCCUUCGAGGACGACUGUAAGUCGGACGCGUGUGCCUGUGUCGAGUCGGGAGACAUCUCCUGCUUCUGCACCGCUGCCGAGAACUAUGCCAAGCUGUGCAAGGAGGCCGGCAUCAUUGUCGAUUGGCGAACCAAUGAGCGAUGCCCCUACUGUUGCGACAAUACUGAGGAGGAGUUCUCUUAUUGUAUGGGGAGGGAGAACUCGUGUAAGUACAAGAAUGACACAGACAUCAAAACUCUACGAUCUAUGGACUGCUUCGAAGGAUGCACUUGUAAAGCGGGAUUCUUCAGAAACGAAGAAACAGGAGAGUGCGUAGAGGAAGAAUCGUGUCCUUGUUACUACAUUGACGACAAUGGGUUCAACCAAGUUGCGCAGCCGGGCGAGAUGGUCAAACGGUCAAAUUGCACCAUGUGUACAUGCAAACAAGGGUCGAUGAACUGUGUUGAAAUUGAAAGUUGUUGUGUGACCGGAAUCCUCUGUGGGGACAUUUGCCUCCCAGAAAACGUCUGGUGCGACGGUGUCUGUGAUGGCCCAAAGAUCAAUGGAGAGUGUUGCGACGAAAUCGGAGACCACUGCAAAAAGAACGGGACAUGUGACGACUGUGCCCCCGGCCAGCUUUGUUGUGGGGACGACUCCAAGGAGUGCUAUGAUCCAAAAGAAGAAUGCGAUGGAAUGGUCUCUUGUCCAGGGGGCGGAGACGAGGUCAACUGCGGAUGCACGUGCCCUGAUGGCUAUACGAUCUGUGAAGCGAUUAACUACAACGAGCAGGAGGGAUGUCCGCCCUGUUUCAGAGAAAGUGAUGUCUGCGAUGGCACCUGCGACUGUCCCGAAACAGACGGCGAGUGUGCCGACGAAAAGGAUUGUUGUCCGGAGACAUACUACCAGUGCUACACCCCCAAAGGUGAGUUCGAAUGUCUCCCAGGAGGGGCCAAGUGUGACGGACACUGCGACUGUGCCGACUGCAGCGACGAAUCCGACUGCUGCUCCAAUGUUUGUUCCAAUAACUCCACUUACCGAUGUGAAUUCGACAGGGCACAGGGAUUCGAUGAAAAUGUGUGUCCUUGCGUGGAACUGGGCUGUGGAUUCUGUACCACUGGCAACUAUAGCGUAUGCAAGGCUGGGGAAUUCAAGAAGUACUGCGAAGUCGAUGAACCGUGCCACUUGGUGUGUCAGCACCCGACACUGGACGAAUUGGUCUGCAUGAGUUAUGACGAAGUAUGUAACACCACAUUUCCCUCGGACGAAAAGCGAUGCCGAAAUGACGAAGACAAGGACUCGGCUUGCUGUCAAACAACUACAGCUUCCACAACUGAGGAAACCACUACUUUCGAGGAAUCAAGCUCAUCUUCAUCGGCUACAACUUCAGGUUCGUCAUCUGGUCCGACUAGUUCUGGAUCAAGCGCUGGCUCCACAAGUUCUGGUCUAACCAGCUCAGCAUCAACUUCAGGGCCAACAAGUUCCGGCUCAACAUCUGCCACUACAAGUACUGGCUCAACAAGUUCUGGUGUCACGAGCCCUGGUUCGUCAACAUCUGGUUCAUCAGUACCAUCAACCAGUUCUGCAUCGUCCUCAGCUACCAGUUUCGGCUCCUCAUCUGGUCCAACCAGUUCUGGAUCAAGCACUGGCUCCACUAGCUCUGGCUCUACAAGUUCUGGUCUUACCAGCUCAGGAUCAACUUCAGGGCCAACGAGUUCCGGCUCAACUUCUGCCACUACAAGUUCUGGCUCAACAAGUUCUGGUGUCACGAGCCCUGGGUCGUCAACUUCAUCUGGUUCAUCAGCACCAUCAACCAGUUCUGCGUCUUCGACAGCUACCAGUUCCGGCUCCUCAUCUGGUCCAACCAGUUCUGGAUCAAGCACUGGCUCCACUAGCUCUGGCUCUACAAGUUCUGGUCUGACCAGCUCAGGAUCAACUUCAGGGCCAACGAGUUCCGGUUCAACUUCUGCCACUACAAGUUCUGGCUCAACAAGUUCUGGUGUCACGAGCCCUAGGUCGUCAACUUCCGGUUCAUCAGUACCAUCAACAAGUUCUGCAUCCUCGACAGCUACCAGUUCCGGCUCCUCAUCUGGUCCAACCAGUUCUGGAUCAAGCACUGGCUCCACUAGCUCUGGCUCUACAAGUUCUGGUCUGACCAGCUCAGGAUCAACUUCAGGGCCCUCGAGUUCCGGCUCAACUUCUGCCACUACAAGUUCUGGUGUCACGAGCCCUGGGUCGUCAACUUCCAGUUCAUCAGUACCAUCAACAAGUUCUGCAUCAUCGACAGCUACCAGUUCCGGCUCUUCAUCUGGUCCAACCAGUUCUGGAUCAAGCACUGGCUCCACUAGCUCUGCCUCUACAAGUUCUGGUCUGACCAGCUCAGGAUCAACUUCAGGGCCCACGAGUUCCGGCUCAACUUCUGCCACUACAAGUUCUGGCUCAACAAGUUCUGGUGUCACGAGACCUGGGUCGUCAACUUCAUCUGGCUCAUCAGCACCAUCAACCAGUUCUGCAUCUUCCUCUGCUACCAGUUCCGGCUCUUCAUCUGGUCCAACCAGUUCUGAAUCAAGCACUGGCUCCACUAGCUCUGGCUCUACAAGUUCUGGUCUGACCAGCUCAGCAUCAAGUUCAGGGCCAACGAGUUCCGGCUCAACUUCUGCCACUACAAGUUCUGGCUCAACAAGUUCUGGUGUCACGAGCCCUGGCUCGUCAACUUCAUCUGGUUCAUCAGCACCAUCAACCAGUUCUGCAUCUUCCUCUGCUACCAGUUCCGGCUCUUCAUCUGGUCCAAUCAGUUCUGGAUCAAGCACUGGCUCCACUAGCUCUGGCUCUACAAGCUCUGGCCUGACCAGCUCAGGAUCAACUUCAGGGCCAACGAGUUCCGGCUCAACUUCUGCCACUACAAGUUCUGGCUCAACAAGUUCUGGUGUCACGAGCCCUGGUUCGUCAACUUCAUCUGGUUCAUCAGCACCAUCAACAAGUUCUGCAUCUUCGACAGCUACCAGUUCUGGCUCCUCAUCUGGUCCAACCAAUUCUGGAUCAAGCACUGGCUCCACUAGCUCUGGCUCUACAAGUUCUGGUCUGACCAGUUCAGGAUCAACUUCAGGGCCAACGAGUUCCGGCUCAACUUCUGCCACUACAAGUUCUGGCUCAACAAGUUCUGGUGUCACGAGCCCUGGGUCGUCAACAUCCGGUUCAUCAGCACCAUCAACCAGUUCUGCAUCUUCGACAGCUACCAGUUCCGGCUCCUCAUCUGGUCCAACCAGUUCUGGACCAAGCAGUGGCUCCACUAGCUCUGGCUCUACAAGUUCUGGUCUGACCAGCUCAGGAUCUACUUCAGGACCAACGAGUUCCGGCUCAACUUCUGCCACUACAAGUUCUGGCUCAACAAGUUCUGGUGUCACGAGCCCUGGGUCGUCAACAUCCGGUUCAUCAGCACCAUCAACCAGUUCUGCAUCUUCGACAGCUACCAGUUCCGGCUCCUCAUCUGGUCCAACCAGUUCUGGAUCAAGCACUGGCUCCACUAGCUCUGGCUCUACAAGUUCUGGUCUGACCAGCUCAGGAUCUACUUCAGGACCAACGAGUUCCGGCUCAACUUCUGCCACUACAAGUACUGGCUCAACAAGUUCUGGUGUCACGAGCCCUGGAUCGUCAACAUCUGGUUCAUCAGUACCAUCAACCAGUUCUGCAUCGUCCUCAGCUACCAGUUCCGGCUCCUCAUCUGGUCCAAUCAGUUCUGGAUCAAGCACUGGCUCCACUAGCUCUGGCUCUACAAGCUCUGGUCUGACCAGCUCAGAAUCAACUUCAGGGCCAACGAGUUCCGGCUCAACUUCUGCAACUACAAGUUCUGGCUCAACAAGUUCUGGUGUCACGAGCCCUGGGUCGUCAACAUCCGGUUCAUCAGCACCCUCAACCAGUUCUGCAUCUUCCUCUGCUACCAGUUCCGGCUCUUCAUCUGGUCCAAUCAGUUCUGGAUCAAGCACUGGCUCCACUAGCUCUGGCUCUACAAGCUCUGGUCUGACCAGCUCAGGAUCAACUUCAGGGCCAACGAGUUCCGGCUCAACUUCUGCCACUACAAGUUCUGGUGUCACGAGCCCUGCAUCGUCAACUUCGCCUGGUUCUUCAGUACCAUCAACCAGUUCUGCGUCUUCCACAGCUACCAGUUCCGGCUCUUCAUCUGGUCCAACCAGUUCUGGAUCAAGCACUGGCUCCACUAGCUCUGGCACUACAAGUUCUGGAUUGACCAGCUCAGGGUCAACUUCAGGGCCAACGAGUUCCGGCUCAACUUCUGCCACUACAAGUUCUGGUGUCACGAGCCCUGCAUCGUCAACUUCUUCCGGCUCAUCGGUACCAUCAACCACUACUGCAUCUUCAUCUGCUAUCAGUUCCAGAUCUUCAUCUGGUCCAACUAGUUCUGGAUCAAGCGCUGGCUCCACUAGCUCCGGCUCUACAAGUUCUGGUUUGACCAGCUCAGGAUCAACUUCAGGGCCAACGCGGUCCAGCUCAACUUCUGCCACUACAACUUCUGGCUCAACAAGUUCUGGUGUCACGAGCCCUGCGUCGUCAACUUCAUCUGGUUCAUCAGCACCAUCAUCAAUUCCUGCAAGUUCUCCAUCCACCCAGGGCACAACUGAGGAAACCACUACUUUCGAGGAGUCAAGCUCAUCUUCAUCGGCUACAACUUCAGGUUCGUCAUCUGGUCCGACUAGUUCUGGAUCAAGCGCUGGCUCCACAAGUUCUGGUCUAACCAGCUCAGCAUCAACUUCAGGGCCAACAAGUUCCGGCUCAACUUCUGCCACUACAAGUACUGGCUCAACAAGUUCUGGUGUCACGAGCCCUGGAUCGUCAACAUCUGGUUCAUCAGUACCAUCAACGAGUUCUGCAUUGUCCUCAGCUACCAGUUCCGGCUCCUCAUCUGGUCCAACCAGUUCUGGAUCAAGCACUGGCUCUACUAGCUCUGGCUCUACAAGUUCUGGUCUUACCAGCUCAGGAUCAACUUCAGGGCCAACGAGUUCCGGCUCAACUUCUGCCACUACAAGUUCUGGCUCCACAAGUUCUGGUGUCACAAGCCCUGGAUCGUCAACCUCGUCUGGUUCCACGGUACCAUCAACUAGUUCUGCAUCUUCCUCAGCUACCAGUUCCGGAUCCUCGUCAGGCCCCACCAGUUCUGGAUCAAGCGCUGUCUCCACAAGCUCUGGCUCUACAAGUUCGGGUUUGACCAGCUCAGGAUCAACUUCAGGGCCUACAAGUUCGGGCUCAACUUCUGCCACUACAAGUUCUGGCUCAACACGUUCUGGUGUUACAAGCCCUGGAUCAUCAACUUCGUCUGGAUCGUCAGUGCCAUCAACCAGUUCUGCAUCUUCCUCAGCUACCAGCUCUGGCUUCUCGUCAGUCCCAACCAGUUCUGGAUCAAGCGCUGGCUCCACAAGCUCUGGCUCUACAAGUUCUAGUCUGACCAGCUCAGGAUCCACUUCAGGGAUCACAAGUUCCGGAUCAACAUCUGCCACUACAAGUUCUGGCUCAACAAGUUCUGGUGUCACAAGCCCCGGAUCGUCAACUUCGUCUGGAUCGUCAGUGCGAUCAACCAGUUCUGCAUCUUCCUCAGCUACCAGUUCUGGCUCCUCGUCAGUCCCAACCAGUUCUGGAUCAAGCGCUGGCUCCACAAGCUCUGGUUCUACAAGUUCUGGUCUGACCAGCUCGGGAUCAACUACAGGGCCAGCAAGUUCUGGUUCAACUUCUGCCACUACAAGUUCUGGCUCAACAAGUUCUGGUGUCACAAGCCCCGGAUCGUCAACCAGUUCUGCUUCUUCCUCAGCUACCAGUUCGGGCUCUUCAUCUGGCCCAGCCAGUUCUGGUUCAAGCGCUGGCUCCACAAGCUCUGGCUCUACAAGUUCUGGUCUGACCAGCUCAGGAUCAACUUCAGGGCCAACGAGUUCCGGCUCAACUUCUGCCACUACAAGUUCUGGUGUCACGAGCCCUGCAUCGUCAACUUCGCCUGGUUCCUCAGUACCAUCAACUAGUUCUGCAUCUUCGUCAGCUACCAGUUCCGGCUCCUCGUCAGGCCCAACCAGUUCAGGAUCAAGCGCUGGCUCCACAAGCCCUGGCUCUACAAGUUCUGGUCUGACCAGCUCAGGAUCAACUUCAGGGCUCACAAGUUCCGGCUCAACAUCUGCCACUACAAGUUCUGGCUCAACAAGUUCUGGUGUCACAAGCCCUGGAUCGUCAAUUUCGUCUGGUUCAUCAGUACCACCAACCAGUUCUGCAUCUUCCUCAGUUACCAGUUCCGGCUCUUCAUCAGGUCCAACCAGUUCUGGAUCAAGCGCUGGCUCCACAAGCCCUGGCUCUUCAAGCUCUGGUCUGACCAGCUCAGGAUCAACUUCAGGGCCCACAAGUUCCGGCUCAACAUCUGCGACCACAAGUUCUGGCUCAACAAGUACUGGUGUCACAAGCCCUGGAUCUUCAGCUUCGACUGGAUCGUCAGUACCAUCAACCAGUUCGGCUUCUUCCUCAGCUACCAGUUCCGGCUCCUCGUCAGGCCCAACCAGUUCUGGAUCAAGCGCUGGCUCCACAAGCUCUGGCUCUACAAAUUCUGGUGUGACCAGUCCAGGAUCAACUUCAGGGCCUACAAGUUCGGGCUCAACUUCUGCCACUACAAGCUCUGGCUCAACAAGUUCUGCUGUCACAAGCCCUGGAUCAUCAACUUUGUCUGGUUCAUCAGUACCAUCAACCAGUUCUGCAUCUUCUUCGGCUACCAGUUCCGGCUCCUCAUCAGGCCCAACGAGCUCUGGAUCAAGCGCUGUCUCCACAAGCUCUGGCUCUACAAGUUCGGGUUUGACCAGCUCAGGAUCAACUUCAGGGCCUACAAGUUUGGGCUCAACUUCUGCCACUACAAGUUCUGGUGUUACAAGCCCUGGAUCAUCAACUUCGUCCGGCUCAUCGGUACCAUCAACAACUUCUGCAUCAUCCUCAGCUACCAGUUCCGGCUCUUCAUCAGGUCCAACCAGUUCUGGAUCAAGCACUGGCUCCACGAGUCCUGGCUCUACAAGUUCGGGUUUGACCAGCUCAGGAUCAACUUCAGGGCCUAUAAGUUCGGGCUCAACUUCUGCCACUACAAGUUUUGGCUCAACAAGUUCUGGUGUCACGAGCCCUGGAUCGUCAACAUCUGGUUCAUCAGUACCAUCAACCAAUUCUGCAUCGUCCUCAGCUACCAGUUCCGGCUCUUCAUCUGGUCCAACCAGUUCUGGAUCAAGCACUGGCUCCACAAGCUCUGGCUCUACAAGUUCUGGUUUGACCAGCUCAGGAUCAACAUCAGGGCCUACAAGUUCGGGCUCAACUUCUGCCACUACAAGUUCUGGCUCAACAAGUUCUGGUGUUACAAGCCCUGGAUCAUCAACUUCGUUCGGCUCAUCGAUACCAUCAACAACUUCUGCAUCAUCCUCAGCUACCAGUUCCGGCUCUUCAUCAGGUCCAACCAGUUCUGGAUCAAGCGCUGGCUCCACAAGUCCUGGCUCUACAAGUUCGGGUUUGACCAGCUCAGGAUCAACUUCAGGGCCUACAAGUUCGGGCUCAACUUCUGCCACUACAAGUUCUGGCUCAACAAGUUCUGGUGUUACAAGCCCUGGAUCGUCAACUUCGUCUGGUUCAUCAGUACCAUCAACCAGUUCUGCAUCUUCCUCAGCUACCAGUUCCGGCUCUUCAUCAGGCCCAACCAGUUCUGGAUCAAGCGCUGGCUCCACAAGCCCUGGCUCUACAAGCUCUGGUCUGACCAGCUCAGGAUCAACUUCAGGGCCUACAAGUUCGGGCUCAACUUCUGCAACUACAAGUUCUGGCUCAACAAGUUCUGGUGUUACAAGCCCUGGAUCGUCAACUUCGUCUGGUUCAUCAGUACCAUCAACCAGUUCUGCAUCUUCCUCAGCUACCAGUUCCGGCUCUUCAUCAGGCCCAACCAGUUCUGGAUCAAGCGCUGGCUCCACAAGCCCUGGCUCUACAAGCUCUGGUCUGAUCAGCUCAGGAUCAACUUCAGGGCCUACAAGUUCCGGCUCAACAUCUGCCAGUACAAGUUCUGGCUCAACAAGUUCUGGUCUCACAAGCCCUGGAUCGUCAACUUCGUCUGGUUCAUCAGUACCAUCAACAAGUUCUGCAUCUUCUUCAGCUACCAGUUCCGGCUCCUCAUCUGGUCCAACCAGUUCUGGAUCAAGCGCUGGCUCCACAAGUCCUGGCUCUACAAGUUCGGGUUUGACCAGCUCAGGAUCAACUUCAGGGCCUACAAGUUCGGGCUCAACUUCUGCCACUACAAGUUCUGGCUCAACAAGUUCUGGUGUUACAAGCCCUGGAUCGUCAACUUCGUCUGGUUCAUCAGUACCAUCAACCAGUUCUGCAUCUUCCUCAGCUACCAGUUCCGGCUCUUCAUCAGGCCCAACCAGUUCUGGAUCAAGCGCUGGCUCCACAAGCCCUGGCUCUACAAGCUCUGGUCUGACCAGCUCAGGAUCAACUUCAGGGCCUACAAGUUCGGGCUCAACUUCUGCCACUACAAGUUCUGGCUCAACAAGUUCUGGUGUUACAAGCCCUGGAUCGUCAACUUCGUCUGGUUCAUCAGUACCAUCAACCAGUUCUGCAUCUUCCUCAGCUACCAGUUCCGGCUCUUCAUCAGGCCCAACCAGUUCUGGAUCAAGCGCUGGCUCCACAAGCCCUGGCUCUACAAGCUCUGGUCUGACCAGCUCAGGAUCAACUUCAGGGCCUACAAGUUCGGGCUCAACUUCUGCCACUACAAGUUCUGGCUCAACAAGUUCUGGUGUUACAAGCCCUGGAUCGUCAACUUUGUCUGGUUCAUCAGUACCAUCAACCAGUUCUGCAUCUUCCUCAGCUACCAGUUCCGGCUCUUCAUCAGGCCCAACCAGUUCUGGAUCAAGCGCUGGCUCCACAAGCCCUGGCUCUACAAGCUCUGGUCUGAUCAGCUCAGGAUCAACUUCAGGGCCUACAAGUUCCGGCUCAACAUCUGCCAGUACAAGUUCUGGCUCAACAAGUUCUGGUCUCACAAGCCCUGGAUCGUCAACUUCGUCUGGUUCAUCAGUACCAUCAACAAGUUCUGCAUCUUCUUCAGCUACCAGUUCCGGCUCCUCAUCUGGUCCAACCAGUUCUGGAUCAAGCACUGGCUCCACAAGCUCUGGCUCUACAAGUUCUGGUUUGACCAGCUCAGGCUCAACUUCAGGGCCUACAAGUUCGGGCUCAACUUCUGCCACUACAAGUUCUGGCUCAACAAGUUCUGGUGUUACAAGCCCUGGAUCGUCAACUUCGUCUGGUUCAUCAGUACCAUCAACCAGUUCUGCAUCUUCCUCAGCUACCAGUUCCGGCUCUUCAUCAGGCCCAACCAGUUCUGGAUCAAGCGCUGGCUCCACAAGCCCUGGCUCUACAAGCUCUGGUCUGACCAGCUCAGGAUCAACUUCAGGGCCUACAAGUUCGGGCUCAACUUCUGCCACUACAAGUUCUGGCUCAACAAGUUCUGGUGUUACAAGCCCUGGAUCGUCAACUUCGACUGGUUCAUCAGUACCAUCAACCAGUUCUGCAUCUUCCUCAGCUACCAGUUCCGGCUCCUCAUCUGGUCCAACCAGUUCUGGAUCAAGCACUGGCUCCACAAGUUCUGGCUCAACAAGUUCUGGUGUUACAAGCCCUGGAUCAUCAACUUCGUUCGGCUCAUCGAUACCAUCAACAACUUCUGCAUCAUCCUCAGCUACCAGUUCCGGCUCUUCAUCAGGUCCAACCAGCUCUGGAUCAAGCGCUGGCUCCACAAGUCCUGGCUCUACAAGUUCGGGUUUGACCAGCUCAGGAUCAACUUCAGGGCCUACAAGUUCGAGCUCAACUUCUGCCACUACAAGUUCUGGCUCAACAAGUUCUGGUGUUACAAGCCCUGGAUCGUCAACUUCGUCUGGUUCAUCAGUACCAUCAACCAGUUCUGCAUCUUCCUCAGCUACCAGUUCCGGCUCUUCAUCAGGCCCAACCAGUUCUGGAUCAAGCGCUGGCUCCACAAGCCCUGGCUCUACAAGCUCUGGUCUGACCAGCUCAGGAUCAACUUCAGGGCCUACAAGUUCGGGAUCAACUUCUGCCACUACAAGUUCUGGCUCAACAAGUUCUGGUGUUACAAGCCCUGGAUCGUCAACUUCGUCUGGUUCAUCAGUACCAUCAACCAGUUCUGCAUCUUCCUCAGCUACCAGUUCCGGCUCUUCAUCAGGCCCAACCAGUUCUGGAUCAAGCGCUGGCUCCACAAGUUCUGGCUCUACGAGUUCUGGCGUGACCAGUGCAGGAUCAACUUCAGGGCCUACAAGUUCGGGCUCAACUUCUGCCACUACAAGCACUGGCUCAACAAGUUCUGCUGUCACAAGCCCUGGAUCAUCAUUUUCGUCUGGUUCAUCAGUACCAUCAACAAGUUCUGCAUCUUCCUCAGCUACCAGUUCCGGCUCUUCAUCAGGCCCAACCAGUUCUGGAUCAAGCGCUGGCUCCACAAGUUCUGGCUCUACGAGUUCUGGCGUGACCAGUGCAGGAUCAACUUCAGGGCCUACAAGUUCGGGCUCAACUUCUGCCACUACAAGCACUGGCUCAACAAGUUCUGGUGUUACAAGCCCUGGAUCGUCAACUUCGUCUGGUUCAUCAGUACCAUCAACCAGUUCUGCAUCUUCCUCAGCUACCAGUUCCGGCUCUUCAUCAGGCCCAACCAGUUCUGGAUCAAGCGCUGGCUCCACAAGCCCUGGCUCUACAAGCUCUGGUCUGAUCAGCUCAGGAUCAACUUCAGGGCCUACAAGUUCCGGCUCAACAUCUGCCAGUACAAGUUCUGGCUCAACAAGUUCUGGUCUCACAAGCCCUGGAUCGUCAACUUCGUCUGGUUCAUCAGUACCAUCAACAAGUUCUGCAUCUUCUUCAGCUACCAGUUCCGGCUCCUCAUCUGGUCCAACCAGUUCUGGAUCAAGCGCUGUCUCCACAAGCUCUGGCUCUACAAGUUCUGGUUUCACCAGUUCAGGAUCAACUUCAGGGCCUACAAGUUCGGGCUCAACUUCUGCCACUACAAGCUCUGGCUCAACAAGUUCUGGUGUCACAAGCCCUGGAUCGUCAACUUCGUCUGGUUCAUCAGUACCAUCAACCAGUUCUGCCUCUUCUUCGGCUACCAGUUCCGGCUCCUCAUCAGGCCCAAUCAGUUCUGGAUCAAGCGCUGUCUCCACAAGCUCUGGCUCUACAAGUUCUGGUUUGACCAGCUCAGGAUCAACUUCAGGGCCUACAAGUUCCGGCUCAACAUCUGCCACUACAAGUUCUGGCUCAACAAGUUCUGGUGUCACAAGCCCUGGAUCGUCAACUUCGUCUGGUUCAUCAGUACCAUCAACCAAUUCUGCAGCUUCCUCAGCUACCAGUUCCGGCUCGUCAUCUGGCUCAACUAGUUCGGGAUCAAGCACUGGCUCCACAAGCUCUGGCUCUACAAGUUCUGGUCUGACCAGCUCAGGAUCAACUUCAGGGCCACCAAGUUCCAGCUCAGCUUCUGCCACUACAAGUUCUGGCUCAACAAGUUCAGUUGUAACUAGUGCUGGAUCAUCAUCGCCGUCCUCUGGCUCGUCAGCACCAUCAACCAAUCCUGCAACUUCACCAUCAACUCAGAGAACAACUGAGGAAACCACAACUUUCGAGGAGUCAAGUUCAUCCUCAACUGCCACAAGUUCAGCCUCGUCAUCUGGUCCGACUAGUUCGGGAUCAAGCGCUGGCUCCACUAGCUCUGGCUCUACAAGUUCUGGUUUGACCAGUUCAGGAUCAACUUCAGGACCUACAAGUCCGGGCUCAACUUCUGCCACUACAAGUUCUGGCUCAACAAGUUCUGGUGUUACAAGCCCUGGAUCGUCAACUUCGUCUGGUUCAUCAGUACCAUCAACCAGUUCUUCAUCUUCCUCAGCUACCAGUUCCGGCUCUUCAUCAGGCCCAACCAGUUCUGGAUCAAGCGCUGGCUCCACAAGCCCUGGCUCUACAAGCUCUGGUCUGACCAGCUCAGGAUCAACUUCAGGACCUACAAGUCCGGGCUCAACUUCUGCCACUACAAGUUCUGGCUCAACAAGUUCUGGUGUUACAAGCCCUGGAUCGUCAACUUCGUCUGGUUCAUCAGUACCAUCAACCAGUUCUGCAUCUUCUUCGGCUACCAGUUCUGGCUCUUCUUCUGGCCCUACCAGUUCUGGAUCAAGCGCUGGCUCCACAAGCUCUGGCUCAACAAGUUCUGGUGUCACAAGCUCUGGAUCAUCAACUUCGUCUGGUUCAUCAGUACCAUCAACCAUUUCUGCAUCUUCUUCGGCUACCAGUUCGGGCUCCUCAUCAGGCCCAACCAGUUCUGGAUCAAGCGCUGGCUCCACAAGUUCUGGUUUGACAAGUUCAGGAUCAACUUCAGGGCCUACAAGUCCGGGCUCAACUUCUGCCACUACAAGUUCUGGCUCAACAAGUUCUGGUGUCACAAGCCCUGGAUCAUCAACCUCGUCUGGUUCAUCAGUACCAUCUACCAGUUCUGCCUCUUCUUCGGCUACCAGUUCUGGCUCCUCAUCAGGCCCAACCAGUUCUGUAUCAAGCGCUGUCUCCACAAGCUCUGGCUCUACAAGUUCUGGUUUGACCAGUUCAGGAUCAACUUCAGGGCCUACAAGUUCCGGCUCAACAUCUGCCAGUACAAGUUCUGGCUCAACAAGUUCUGGUCUCACAAGCCCUGGAUCGUCAACUUCGUCUGGUUCAUCAGUACCAUCAACCAGUUCUGCAUCUUCUUCGGCUACCAGUUCUGGCUCCUCUUCUGGCCCUACCAGUUCUGGAUCAAGCGCUGGCUCCACAAGCUCUGGCUCAACAAGUUCUGGUGUCACAAGCUCUGGAUCAUCAACUUCGUCUGGUUCAUCAGUACCAUCAACCAUUUCUGCAUCUUCGGCUACCAGUUCCGGCUCCUCAUCAGGCCCAACCAGUUCUGGAUCAAGCGCUGUCUCCACAAGCUCUGGCUCUACAAGUUCUGGUUUGACCAGUUCAGGAUCAACUUCAGGGCCUACAAGUUCGGGCUCAACUUCUGCCACUACAAGCUCUGGCUCAACAAGUUCUGGUGUCACAAGCCCUGGAUCAUCAACCUCGUCUGGUUCAUCAGUACCAUCUACCAGUUCUGCCUCUUCUUCGCCUACCAGUUCCGGCUCCUCAUCAGGCCCAACCAGUUCUGGAUCAAGCGCUGUCUCCACAAGCUCUGGCUCUACAAGUUCUGGUUUGACCAGUUCAGGAUCAACUUCAGGGCCUACAAGUUCGGGCUCAAUUUCUGCCACUACAAGCUCUGGCUCAACAAGUUCUGGCUCAACAAGUUCUGGUAUCACAAGCCCUGGAUCGUCAACUUCGUCUGGUUCAUCAGUACCAUCAACCAGUUCUGCCUCUUCUUCGGCUACCAGUUCCGGCUCCUCAUCAGGCCCAACCAGUUCUGGAUCAAGCGCUGUCUCCACAAGCUCUGGCUCUACAAGUUCUGGUUUGACCAGUUCAGGAUCAACUUCAGGGCCUACAAGUUCCGGCUCAACAUCUGCUAGUACAAGUUCUGGCUCAACAAGUUCUGGUCUCACAAGCCCUGGAUCGUCAACUUCGUCUGGUUCAUCAGUACCAUCAACCAGUUCUGCAUCUUCUUCGGCUACCAGUUCUGGCUCCUCUUCUGGCCCUACCAGUUCUGGAUCAAGCGCUGGCUCCACAAGCUCUGGCUCAACAAGUUCUGGUGUCACAAGCUCUGGAUCAUCAACUUCGUCUGGUUCAUCAGUACCAUCAACCAUUUCUGCAUCUUCGGCUACCAGUUCCGGCUCCUCAUCAGGCCCAACCAGUUCUGGAUCUAGCGCUGUCUCCACAAGCUCUGGCUCUACAAGUUCUGGUUUGACCAGUUCAGGAUCAACUUCAGGGCCUACAAGUUCGGGCUCAACUUCUGCCACUACAAGCUCUGGCUCAACAAGUUCUGGUGUCACAAGCCCUGGAUCAUCAACCUCGUCUGGUUCAUCAGUACCAUCUACCAGUUCUGCCUCUUCUUCGCCUACCAGUUCCGGCUCCUCAUCAGGCCCAACCAGUUCUGGAUCAAGCGCUGUCUCCACAAGCUCUGGCUCUACAAGUUCUGGUUUGACCAGUUCAGGAUCAACUUCAGGGCCUACAAGUUCGGGCUCAAUUUCUGCCACUACAAGCUCUGGCUCAACAAGUUCUGGCUCAACAAGUUCUGGUAUCACAAGCCCUGGAUCGUCAACUUCGUCUGGUUCAUCAGUACCAUCAACCAGUUCUGCCUCUUCGGCUACCAGUUCCGGCUCCUCAUCAGGCCCAACCAGUUCUGGAUCAAGCGCUGUCUCCACAAGCUCUGGCUCUACAAGUUCUGGUUUGACCAGUUCAGGAUCAACUUCAGGGCCUACAAGUUCAGGCUCAACUUCUGCCACUACAAGUUCUGGCUCAACAAGUUCUGGUAUCACAAGCCCUGGAUCGUCAACUUCGUCUGGUUCAUCAGUACCAUCAACCAGUUCUGCAUCUUCUUCGGCUACCAGUUCUGGCUCCUCAUCUGGUUCUACCAGUUCUGGAUCAAGCGCUGUCUCCACAAGCUCUGGCUCUACAAGUUCUGGUUUCACCAGUUCAGGAUCAACUUCAGGGCCUACAAGUUCGGGCUCAACUUCUGCCACUACAAGUUCUGGCUCAACAAGUUCUGGUAUCACAAGCCCUGGAUCGUCAACUUCGUCUGGUUCAUCAGUACCAUCAACCAGUUCUGCCUCUUCUUCGGCUACCAGUUCCGGCUCCUCAUCAGGCCCAACCAGUUCUGGAUCAAGCGCUGUCUCCACAAGCUCUGGCUCUACAAGUUCUGGUUUGACCAGUUCAGGAUCAACUUCAGGGCCUACAAGUUCAGGCUCAACUUCUGCCACUACAAGUUCUGGCUCAACAAGUUCUGGUAUCACAAGCCCUGGAUCGUCAACUUCGUCUGGUUCAUCAGUACCAUCAACCAGUUCUGCAUCUUCUUCGGCUACCAGUUCUGGCUCUUCAUCUGGUCCUACCAGUUCUGGAUCAAGCGCUGGCUCAACAAGUUCUGGUGUCACAAGCCCUGGAUCGUCAACUUCGUCUGGUUCAUCAGUACCAUCAACCAGUUCUGCCUCUUCUUCGGCUACCAGUUCCGGCUCCUCAUCAGGUCCAAUCAGUUCUGGAUCAAGCGCUGUCUCCACAAGCUCUGGCUCUACAAGUUCUGGUUUCACCAGUUCAGGAUCAACUUCAGGGCCUACAAGUUCGGGCUCAACUUCUGCCACUACAAGCUCUGGCUCAACAAGUUCUGGUGUCACAAGCUCUGGAUCAUCAACUUCGUCUGGUUCAUCAGUAGCAUCAACCAGUUCUGCAUCUUCUUCGGCUACCAGUUCCGGCUCCUCAUCAGGCCCAACCAGUUCUGGAUCAAGCUCUGUCUCCACAAGCUCUGGCUCUACAAGUUCUGGUCUGACCAGCUCAGGAUCAACUUCAGGGCCUACAGGUUCCGGCUCGACUUCUGUCACUACGAGUUUUGGCUCAACAAGUUCUGGUGUCACAAGCCCUGGAUCGUCAACUUCGUCCGGCUCAUCGGUACCAUCAACAGCUUCUGCGUCUUCCUCGGCUACCAGUUCCGGCUCGUCAUCAGGCCCAACCAGUUCUGGAUCAAGUGCUGGCUCCACAAGCUCUGGCUCUACAAGUUCUGGUCUGACCAGCUCAGAAUCAUCUUCAGGGCCCACAAGUUCGGGCUCAACAUCUGCCACUACAAGUUCUGGAUCAACAAGUUCUGGUGUCACAAGCUCUGGUUCGUCAACUUCGCCUGGUUCAUCAGUACCAUCAACCAGUUCUGCAUCUUCCUCAGCUACCAGUUCCGGCUCGUCAUCAGGCCCAACCAGUUCUGGAUCAAGUGCUGGCUCCACAAGCUCUGGCUCUACAAGCUCUGGUCUGACCAGCUCAGGAUCAACUUCAGGGCCUACAAGUUCCGGCUCAACAUCUGCCAGUACAAGUUCUGGCUCAACAAGUUCUGGCUCAACAAGUUCUGGUGUCACAAGCCCUGGAUCGUCAACUUCGUCUGGUUCAUCAGUAACAUCAACCAGUUCUGCAUCUUCCUCAAUUAUAAGUUCCAUCUCUACUACCACUGAGACUUGGGCAACACGGUCUAGACCUCCUAGGACUACACCAAGUAAAACAACUCAUAUGCAGAAUGGGACACAGUCAUCAUCUCUACCCUCGACUACCUCGUCAGGUUCCACUGUGGAGACCACAACAUUUGAAGAGUCCACGUCGUCGUCGUUCCCUUCGACCAGCUCUCUCUCAACUUCCGUAUCUUCAACUCCGUCGCUGUCCACUUCCUCGCCAGUUUCAUCAACCACUGUCUCCGGCAGCACGCCAAUCAGCACCUCUCGGUCCUCCACUCAAUCCGUCUCCACUGUCACCACCACCAACACCCCCUCCAGAUCUACAUCUACGCCCCCCUGUGAUCCAGACGUGCCAUGUGGUCAGUUCAAAACCAAAAUAGUAAAUGGACCCUGUACUAAUGACUCAUCCGUCGACGACGACUCCAUUUGUAAACCCGAGUGCGGAAAGGAAGUGACCACUGCGGAGAUCGUGCCUGGAUGUUGCAAUGAGUGUACCGGUGACCUAGUGGCGUCUAACUGCAGCAACAAGUGUGGAUCCACCUGUGCUUCCAUUGGCUCAGACUGCAGCCAAUCAGAAUCGUCGGACGAUGAUUUCACAUGCUACGAAGGCUGUUCGUGUGCAGAAGGAAUGGCAUACGACGACAAGCUGAAUAAAUGUGUGGCUGUGAGUGAGUGUGGAUGUUACUACAAUGAUGCGUCUGGAACAGUCCGAAACUUUCUCUCAUCCAGUGGCUCCUUGUCAUUCUCGGCCAAUGACUGUCCCAUUUACGACGACCGAUAUGACCGCGACCUCAUUUUCAGUUGCAAGUGCACAUGUUUCGCGGGUGAGCUCAGUUGCAACGUGACCACGUGCAAUGACUAUGAUGGAGUCUGCAGAAAGGCGAAUGAGACGUGGACUGACAAAGAUGACACUUGUAAGGAGUACUCAUGUGCCAAGAAUGGUACAGUUAUAGAGAUAACUCCUGACUAUAACUGCAGUGACAUCAUCGAACAGUGUGUGGAUAGCGGAGGAGAGUUGUCGGAUGAGAUAAACCCUGACACUUGUUGUCCCGGCUGCUACCACCCGCCGCCCUGUGACACAAAGAGGAAGAAUACCACCCUCUCCGUCGACAAUUAUGGACAGAAUUGUGUUACGAAUGGUACUGUUACCAUUGAGUACUGUUCGGGUGAAUGUGGCGAGACUUCUAAGGUAUUGGACGAGGCCAAAUUGACCAAUGAGGGAGUUAUCGACUUCGUAACCGACUGCAGAUGUUGCCAAGGAGUGUUCGACAAUAUUAUUGUCGAAUUCAGUUGUCCUGACGGCGACAUCAUUACUCGAGAACUCCCGAUCGCAGUGCAGAGUUGCGGGUGUACGACUGGGUGUCCCGACAAGCAACCGGAUCUUCCUCUGCCUUCGACCCUUUUGAUGCCAACAUUCCUUUAAAGAGGCAGAAAAAAAAUACAAAAAAGUGAAAUAUAAGUUCUGCAAAAAUUAUGUAAAUGGUAUUGAAAUUAUUUAAAUGUGACGGUUAUCAUGAAGAUGUGAUUCGAAAACCAAAAAAAAAGAAGAAAUUCCAAAUGAACCAGACAUGAACUGAGAAAUAUGUAUGAAUUUCUAAAAUUGUAUCUGAUUUAUUGGUUGAAGUAUUUGAAUUUGGCUGAGGAAAUAAAGCGGUGAAAGCAUUUACUCUAAUGAUAAUUUUCGGGCAAUUAAAUCAAUUUCAAAUAAA